AUGGCGCGGGGAGCGAAGGGGGACGUAAGGCGCCGCUCCUCCUCCCGCCGGCCUUCUGCGUCCAGGCCGGCGGCCACGCCCCCGUCCCUGUUGCCUGGCGAAGCCUGAGGCCUGGUCCGGGGCCUGCUCGGCCUCCGACGCCGCCGAGAUGCCGCACGGCUUCAAGGCCGGCGACCUCUUCUUCGCCAAGAUGAAAGGAUACCCGCACUGGCCGGCCCGGAUUGAUGACAUCAUUGAUGGCGCCGUGAAACCCCCACCGAACAAAUAUCCCAUUUUCUUCUUUGGCACCCACGAGACGGCUUUCCUGGGCCCCAAAGACCUCUUCCCUUACGAGAAAUACAGGGACAAGUAUGGGAAACCGAAUAAACGCAAAGGUUUCAACGAAGGAUUGUGGGAAAUCCAGAACAACCCGCACGCCAGUUACAGCGCUCCUCCGCCGGUGAGCUCCUCCGACAGCGAAGUAGACAUUGAGGAGAUGGCUCCCCUCGGAGGGGCCCCCGCCGGCAGUGAGAUCGAGGAUGAGGAAGAGUCGGCCCCGGCAGCGGCUGCCGUCGGUGGCAGCGCAGGAGGGGCCACCCCGAAGGCGGAGAGCGACGAGGACUCCGACCAGGGGAGCGACCACAGCGGCGUGAAGCGGAAGCUGUUAGCCACGAAAAUGCCGGCCCCGAAGCGGCCACGGAAAUCCUCCAGCGACGUCGAUCAGGCCAGCCCCUCUCCGUCGGAAGAGGAGAAUUCGGAGAGCUCGUCCGAGUCGGAGAAGUACAGCGACCAGGAUUUCACACCAGAAAAGAAACCUCCACCUCGAACUUCACGACGGGGGCCUGCCGGUGGGUGGAAAAGAAAGCAGAAAAUUGAAUCGGGCUCCGACUCAGACACCAAGGCGGACUCGGAGGAGGAAGCCGAAGAGGAGGAAGACGAUGACGAACGAGAGAACGCCAGGGCCCCCACCCCCAAAUCUGAGUCUGACUCCAACUUGGAGGAGUCUGUCAAGAAGCCUUCCCGAGGACGGAAACCGGCGGCAGAAAAGCCACCCCCGAAGCCUCGCGGGCGGAAACCGAAACAGGAGAAGCUUCCCAGCAGCUCCAGCAGCGACAGCGACAGUGACAUUGACCGGAUCAGCGAGUGGAAGCGCCGGGACGAGGAACGGCGGCGCGAGCUGGAGGAGAAGCGGAAACGUGAGCAGGAGGAGGAGCUGCGGCGGCUGCGGGAGCAAGAGCGGGAGGAGAAAGAACGGAAGAAGGAGAAGGCGGAGAAGGGGGAGAAAGAGCGCUCGGAUAGUGACAGCAGCCUGGAGGCAGCCGAGCUCCCACGGAAGGGCCGGAGAGGCCGGCCCAAAGCUCCAUCGUCCUCUGAUUCCGACGCUGAGAAAGAGAUCAAAAAGCCAGCGAAGAAGCCACCUUCGGAGCUGUCUAGGAAAACGAGCCAGAAGGAGAAGAGAGGCCAGGGGGACGAGAAACCUCGGAACAAAGCUUUGAAAGCGGAGCGGAGCCGGAGAAAGCCCGAAGUAGUCCAAGAAAGAAAAGCAGAGAAGAAGAAAGAGCCGACAGUUGAGGAGAAGCUUCAGAAGCUUCACAGCGAGAUCAAGUUCGCCUUGAAAGUGGACAACCCGGACAUCAAGAGAUGUCUGAACGCCCUGGAAGAGUUAGGCAGCCUGCAGGUCACCUCUCAGAUCCUCCAGAAACACACGGACGUCGUGGCCACGCUGAAAAAGAUCCGGCGCUACAAAGCGAAUAAGGACGUGAUGGAGAAGGCGGCCGAAGUCUACACGUGCCUGAAGUCUCGGGUCCUGGGCCCCAAAGUGGGGGGAAACCAGAAAGUCAACCAGACCGACUCGGAUAAGGACAAAGGAGAGCGCGAGAAGAGCAAAGAGAAGCUGGCGGAAGGAGAGACCCCCGACGAGAGGGGCGGGGAAGACUCGAGCGCUGAGCUCCCGUCUCCCAUGAAUGGGGAGUCAGUGGCCCAGAAAAGGGAGGGACUCGGAGAGACCCAGGACCGGGGAGAUGACGACUGGAAUUCUGGAGACGCCAAGAAAGAGGCAUCACCCGAAAGCGCCCGAAACAGACCGAGCGGGCCGGAACGGGAGAGAGCCCGAGCAGAGUCCGACUCUGCCGAUUCUGCCGACGAGAGCUGA